GAAGUCAUCAAUAUCCUACCACGUACAGCCUCUUGUUCUCCUUCCAUCUUAGUUUCUACAGUGAUAGUAUUGCCAAAAUAUGAACACCAAGUGUCACUGGAUGCCUGCAGAAGAUGAGACUCUCAAGGCAUUGGUGACCAAAUAUGGCCCUCACAACUGGAACGCCAUCGCUGAAAAGCUCCAAGGAAGAUCAGGAAAGAGUUGUCGGUUGAGAUGGUUCAAUCAGCUGGAUCCAAGAAUCAACAGGAAGCCUUUCACAAAGGACGAGGACCAACUGCUGCUUGCGGCUCAUGAGAUCUAUGGAAACAGAUGGGCGAUCAUUGCGCGCCUGUUCCCAGGGCGCACCGACAACGCUGUUAAGAAUCACUGGCAUGUGAUCAUGGUCCGACGGCACAAACAGCGGUCUCAGCUUCCUCGUAAGCGUGGUGAUCAGAGUACCUUCGUCGAGGAAGAAGAGUCGAAAAGUUCCAAAAAGAGGGAGCUCGAACCAAGAAACACGCUUCUCAUGGUAGAGGAGUACCAUCGACGAUCUGACACAGUUCAUCAGCAAGGCUUUUACCCUAACAUGCAAGAAGGUAAAGAUAAUUCAUUGAAGUUCUAUGAUUUUCUACAAGUCAACAGUGACUCUGAUAGCACUCCAGAGGAUGUGAGAAGAGAGGGAGAAGAACGGUACGAGGAUAACGAGGAAGAGAAUAAGAGCCAUGCCAGGUUCAUUGAUUUCUUGGAAGAUAAAGGCACCGGUCUGUCGGCCUCGUUGCUCGUGCCGGGCACGAAACGCUUUACCCACGUGAUCUCGCCGUACAAACCCCACUAUGGUCGUGAUCGGACGAUUGCCGAAGGCAAAGAAGUGCCUCCCACGACCAACGCCAACGCCAACGCCACCGCCACCGCCACCGUCUCGUGGGGCGACCGCUGGUCCCACGCCCACCCUUCUUCGCCGGACAGUGGCAGGGCACGCGGGUACGCUGGGAGCCCGGUCACGUCCGUUCGGUGUGCCCACCACGUCAAAUCCGACGGUCAGAUCAUACCGGUGCGCUCCUCGAGAUUCGCGCAGUACAUGGAGGACAAAAGUGAAGGAUGGCUCCGAGGACCACCGGAGACCGGCGAUCUCCUUUUGGUGGCCAUCCCUCGUGGUCUGCUUCGGGUGUACUUGAUGGGGACCGUCGCAGCCGUCUGA